AUGGGAUUGUCCAUAACCGAGCUGAAAACAACCUCCAUGAUGCUGUAUGGGUUUUCCGAUGAGGGAUCGGCAGCUAUUGGAACAAUCAAAGAAAUAUGCCGACAACUUGCAGUGGUGCUUGAGGAGAAGAAUAAACUGGCCGAGGAGUUGAAGGAGAAGCAAAAUUCUCUGGACAAAGCCAUCGAUCAGAGGGACCAGUUCAAGGAGUCUAACCACGUCAAUUACUGUGCGGCUAAACAGCUCGAGGAGGACUUGGCUGCGAGUAGACAGAAGAAUACUACCUUGGAGGGUCAGAUCGAGGAGCUUAAGAAAGCCAAUGCCAGCAACUUGGAAAGGUAUAAGAAUGCCACUCUCCGAUGCUUCUACGAUUUCUCGAAGCACAACCAGAGUGCCAACUUCAACUACCUUCCUGAGAAUGCAAGAAACGCCGAGCUCGCUCGCUGUGCUGCUCGACUGGUAGAGGAAGAAAGAGCAAGGAUUCCUGCUUCCUCUGGGAUGGACAGGGCAGACAAUGAGGAUGCAAACGUCAUCAAUCAGGGCCCUCCUCAAGAUCCUCUGGCUCAUCAAGAUCCUCCGGCUCCUUAG